GGAUGGCUCAGAAGAACCAUGUGGAUAAACCAUCCUUUCGGUGGCCAAACCUGUGGUCGAAGAAGAUAUGGUCGAACGUUUGAAGCGAGAACAAGAUGAGGACUGCAGUGGCCCGACGGUUUGCCCUGCUCGAGGAAAGACUUUCGGCGUUGACCAAGGCCAAAGAGGAAGCAGAAGCGAAUGCGGAAUUGUGGAAGGCAGAGGCUCUGCGUCCUGGCAACAAGAGGGGAAGCAUCGCGGUCGGGCAGACUCCUAUUUCUGCUAGGGUACGACAGCGUAGUACACCUUCUGGGCUGCCGACCGAGCUUCGAGUUAAUCCGCAGCUCAAAGGUAUUGUCGAACGCCACAAUAUGGAGGUGGACCUGUUGAAGGAAAUCCGCUUGAAGGACGUUAAUGGCAGGAUCGAGGCAGAGAAGGAGGUCGAAAGACUAAAAGAAGCAAUGGCUAAAUUUGCGAUGGAGAAAGAACGAGGGACGAACUUGAAAAGUCGGUUGGAUGAAGUGACGGGUCCUUCGGCUAGGAAGGUGGGUUGCUCUUCGAUUAAGAAGAAAGGUGACGAGACUCCGGGCGAGCAGGUGAAUGAGCGGGAGACCUUCGCAAAGGCGAUGCGUAAGCAGAUGAAGAAGUUGAAUAAGGACCAGGUGAUGAAAAUUUGCAACAAGGAGGGCGUAAUUUAUACGAAGUUGGAACAAACUAAGGAGGAGAUCAUUUGUUAAAGGGUGGCAAAAGCGUUUGAUGA